GUCCAUCUAUUCAUAAACCGUUUCUAAACAUUCAAAAUUGUUUAAACUUUGAAAUUGUUAAAAUUUAACCAUCUUGUGAAAGGUUUAUUUUUUUUUCAAAAUGAUUUUAAACUGUUUACAUGGCCCGGAACAAUUUUGAGUUCAACAUGUUUUAACUUCAUUAUGUAGUUUUAAUACUUAUGGAAUGGUACUUACCUACUUAACUAUUUUAAUAAUUUUUUUUAUGUUUUCAGUGUUCAAUAACAAUAAAUUAAGAUAGACAUAUCUAUCAUGGCAAAAAAUAAAAAUAUUGAAAAAUGUCAGAAAAAUUUAAAGUGAGCAAAUAUUUUAAUAUUAAUUAUUUAUUAAUGUUGGUGGGUUGCGGUAGAUAUAAUGGUUAUAGUGAAAAAUAUUACCUACUGCCAAUCCAAAUUUUGUAUAUUUUUUUACAAUUUUUGUAUAACCAGGCUAAUUUAAAUAAGUUCUAUACGUUUUUAAGUAUGUAAUGAACAAUGUAAUAUGUAGUAAAACGAUACAAAAUGUAUACAUAAUUGAUUUACAGCAAAUGUAUACAAUUUCUUUUAUCUUCUAAAAAUUUAUUAUUUUAAGGUUUUCUAUUUAGAUAUGAUAUAAUUGUAUAAUGCAUACAAAUUAUUAUGUAAAUCUUGAGCCCUAAAUGUCACUUUUUUCAGAUGUGAUGAUCCAAUUCUAAACAGAACAUUGAUAGAAGAAUUUAUUGAUAACACCGAAUCUCAUAAUCUUUAUAAUAAAAAUAAAGCAAUAAAAUUAGAGUAAGUGUUAUGCAAUUUUAAAUUUUACUGUAUAUAGUACUAUGCAAGUGUAAGUGAAAUGAAAGUGUUUUUAUUAUUUCCAUAUUACUCUGUUCUUCUAAAUGUCAAAUGCUUAUAAAUUAUGUCAGUAUGUAUACAUCUAAAUUUUAUCAUAAACAUAAGAAAUUGACAGAAUGAAUAAUUAUUUCUUGACAAAUCACAUUUUUAAUAACGUCAAUGUACAUGCAAAUUAAAUAACUAUACCAAUAAUUGUAAUUAAUUUGUGUAAACUUGGGAAUAUCAAAAAAAUAUUUUCAAUACAGGUGAUUUAUGAACUAACAGUUUUAUCUUAACGUUUUGUAGGAAUAUGAAUUGUUUUUUUCUCUUUUAAGCUUUAAUUGAAAAUAUAUUCUAAAAGAUGUGUUAUAUUAAUUUUAGAUUCUUUUAUGGAUUAUUUAAUACUUAUUAUUUUAUUUUGAAAAUUCUAAAUUUUCCUAUUUUCAGAUUCGAUAAUCAAAUAUUACCAAUAAAAGAAGAAAUUAUUGAUACCACCGAAUCUUAUAGUAUUAAUGAAGAAAAUAAAUCGAUUCAAUUAGAGUAAGUAUUGUGCAAUGUGUUUUUCUGUCUGAGAACUAUUAAAGUUUAAUGGGUUUAGGGUGAUUGUAUACCAAUAUUUUCUUUUUUUAUCAAACACAUACUUAGCAUAAUGGUUAAAAUUAAUUAAUGCUGUGAAGUUAUUCUGAAUACAAAAUUGAGUUCAUCAUAAAGUUUACACACAAUUUUAGUCCUUAUACCCAAAAAUGUGUAAAGAAAAACUUGAAUUAAAUUGAAAAGGUGGAUUUUAAAAAUACACUUUUGUAUGCACAUUUUAAACAGUUGCUUAUAAAACUUAAUAAAUUACUGAUGUAUACAAAAAUAUUUGUGUGCUUUUUACAAUAAGCUGGUUUUCAUUUUAUUCUGUAUUAUAUAUUACAAAUGAUUUAUUUCAUUAGAAAUUAAAACAGAUUUUACUUAGAAACUAUUGAUCAGAUAUGAAUUUAGAAUGUAUGGUAUAUUUCAUUUUAAAAAAAAUAUUUUUUUAGAAAUGGUUUUGUUUUUAAAUUUUGGAAAGUGAAUAAAUAAAAAUUGUUUUUAUUUUUUAUUAAUUAGGAGAUAAUUACAAGAUAAAAAUACAAAUUGAAUAUUAACAGAAGUAUACAAAUUUGUAGAAUAAGAUGGGACACCCUAUGUAAAUAUAUUUAUGCAAAAAGUGUUUUAAAAUUUCAAUUUUUAAUUAGAUACUAAAAGUUCAAUUCAAUUCAGCUUUGAUUCUUGGGUUCCCUUGGUUAUACACAAAAAAAAAAAAAACAACUAAUAGUUAUCAAUGCAACUAAUUAACCUACCUUUACUCAUAAUCAUUUUUUUUUGUUUUCAAUUUUGCUAGAAAUACAAUUUAUUCUGAUUAUUAUAUUUUUCAGAUACAUAUGCAACUCGAAAGCAGUAGAAGAACAAUUAAAUACCUAUAUAAAAAAAGAAAUUGAUUUUAUUGAUGGUUUAGUUUAUACAAGUGAAAUAACUAUUGAAAAUGAUCCUUUGACAUUCAUUUUAGAUAAAAAAUAUAAAGAAAAGGAUUUUAUAUGCAACACUUGCCAUAAAUCAUUCACUUCAAAAUCAAAUUUGAAAUCACAUAUAAUGAAACAUUAUAUAAAAAAGACGCAUGUUUGUAUUAAAUGUAAUAAAUCAUUUAAUCAGGCAUAUAAUUUAAAAUUCCAUAUGAAAACUCACACUAAAGAAAAACUUUACUCAUGUAAAGUGUGUAAUAAAUCAUUUUCUCAUUUGACCAUUUUGAACACACAUACAAUAAUUCAUAGCACGGAAAACUCUAACCAAUAUAAUAAGUGUGGGAAGAAAUGUUCUUGUUUAUACAAUUUAAAUAAACAUGAAGAACAAUCCUACCAAUGUGAUGAGUGUAAUAAAGCAUUUUCUAAAUUAUUCAAAUUAAAUAAACAUAAAAGAACUCAUAAUGGGGAAAAACCCUACCAUUGUAAUAUUUGCAAAAAGACAUUUUCUGAUGCAUCCAAUUUAAAAAAGCAUACAAGAACUCACAGCGGGGUAAAACCUUAUCAAUGUAAAGAGUGUAAUAAAGAAUUUUCUCAAAUAACCAAUUUAAACACACACAAAAGAAUUAUUCAUCGCCAGGAAAAACCAUUUCAAUGUCAUAUAUGUAAGGAUACUUUUUCUGUUUUAUCCAAUUUAAAAACUCAUACAAGAAUUCAUAGCGGGGAAAAACCCCAUCAAUGUCAUGUCUGUAAGAAGGCAUUUUCUCUUUUAUCCAAUUUAAAAAGACAUACAAGAAUUCAUAGCGGGGAACGACCCCACCAAUGUCAUGUCUGUAAGAAGAAAUUUUCUCAAUUGUCUCAUUUAAAAAAACAUAUAAAUAUUCAUAGCAAGAAAGGUAAAUCUCAAUGAUAAUUUUAAUGUUGUAGACAUUUUUAUUAUUUAGACAUUUUAAAUAUAAUUACAGAACUAUUUCACUAGCCAUUUAUGUUACCAUAAACACAUAAUGUACAUGGUUACAAAAUUGAUAUUAUGUACAACACAUUUAAAAUUAUAGUGGCCACCUUCACUAUUCUUCAAUCACCAAAUACCAGUCUAAAUUAAUGUUCUGAUGUUAUCUACAGUCAGAGCAAUUGGAACUUUCAAUUCCAGAUAUAAAAAUACCCUUAAUGAACACUGAGACAGAUUCUACAUUACCAGAUCCAUUUAAUAAUUCUGAAAUAGCCUCAACUAAGCCUACAGAUCCUUCGCUGGCCACACAUACUUGAAAAUAACCAAAAUAUACCUCCAACUUAUAAUCUGUUUCAUUUUCAAAUAAUAAAAAAAAGAAAUUUUCUAUUUUUUUAAAAUUAAAGUUUUAAAAAAAAAAAUAAAAUUUUAAGAGAAAAAUAUUUCAAGAAUUGUAAAAUUCACAUAGCUUUUUUCUAGUAAAAAAUGCAGGGCCAACGGAAAGGGGAACAAACUGGGCACCCGCCUAGAGCCUUGCACUUUACGUAGUCUCUCGUUUUUAUAUUAAAUAUUAAUGUUUAUUUUUAUGUUAGUUUUACUGUAAUGUAUCAAUUUUUUUUAAAUUAUUGUACCUAUUUCUGAAAUACUUAUCUCGCGAAAUAAUUCUAUACAUGUGCCUACUGUUGGAUGUACAUUUCAUGAAUUUCUAAAUUGUUUACAGCUAAAUAGUUAUAAUAAAUUAUAAUAAUAUAGUUUUGAUAAAAAAUAAUCUUGAAUUGAUUGAUAAUCGUGGAUUUUGUUCAAUAUUUGCCUUACUUGAUAAACACGAAUAAAACUAAUUCACAAGUACACAGUUUCAUUUUCUUAUAAACUGUUGCAGGCAUUGCUUGUCAAAAUUACGGAAGUAUUGCAAUGAUAUUAUAAUAUUAUAACAAUUGCUUGAAUUGUGGGAAGGACUGUGCAGAGGAAAGGGCUCCUCUACUUUAAUUUUCCCAGUUCGAGCACUGAUUAUAAUAGAUAAACGAGUACAUAUACAAUAAUAUUAUAAUACACCUAUAUCAUUUUUUUUUUUUCAAACGUUUUUUUAGUUCCUACCAAAGUAGUUGUUAUCAAACUAUUUUUUUUUUUUUAUAAAAUAAAUAUGGUUUAUAAAGUAUUUAAUCCAAUGAUUUAAGUUUUAGUUUAGCCAAUUAUUUUUAUUAAUUUAUGUACCUACUUAAAUACUCUAUUAAAUCAACCUUCGAGCGCUCGCGUAUUUUGAUGUUACGUCUUUACUUUUUUGACGCUGCUUAUUUAUACCAUACAUUAUACCUACAUAAUAUUAUAUAACCUAUUAUUUCUAUAGUAAAAAGGG